AUGAGAACCCAUAACCAGGCUGACCGGAUCCGGAAGUGGGUUGAGAGCCGGGAGGAGGAAGCCGGCGGUGGCCCCGUCAGCAGCGGGCUGCUGAGAGACCGCGUUCAGGAAUUCAUGACCUUCACGAGUCAACUGAUUGUGGAGCGUUCAUCGAAAGGCACUAGAGCUUCUGUCAAAGAACAAGACUAUCUGUGCCAUGUCUAUGUCCGGAAUGAUAGUCUUGCAGGUGUGGUCAUUGCCGACAACGAAUACCCAUCCCGGGUGGCCUUUACCUUGCUGGAGAAGGUACUAGAUGAAUUCUCCAAGCAAGUUGACAGGAUAGACUGGCCAGUAGGAUCCCCUGCUACAAUCCAUUACCCAGCCCUGGAUGGUCACCUCAGUAGAUACCAGAACCCACGAGAAGCUGAUCCCAUGACUAAAGUGCAGGCCGAACUAGAUGAGACCAAAAUCAUUCUGCACAACACCAUGGAGUCUCUGUUAGAGCGAGGUGAGAAGCUAGAUGACUUGGUGUCCAAAUCCGAGGUGCUGGGAACGCAGUCUAAAGCCUUCUAUAAAACUAAAUAUUUCAUUGACAAGUAUGGGUGCUGCUGACUGCCGCUUUCUCUCAGGUCAGUGCUCGUGUCUUCCUGUGUGGAGAUGGCCCAUGGUUGGACAGUCAUAGGGACAAAUAUACUUGGUCUGUCCACACACAUUUGUUUUCAUGUGCACAUUGGAGGGAGAUGGCUAGGUGGGAUUAGGAAGAUAGUCUGUGACCAGAAAGCAAGAGAGAAGGUGGCAACAGUGGUCCCCACAAACCACAUCCCGAGUGGGAACCACAUCUGUUGUUCUCAGGACCAUCUUCUAGGAAGAAACACCACCGUGGUGGUCAGAUAGCAUUGUUUGAAGACAAGAGUAGGGCAAAGUUAAGAUAUUCUGCCAAUCCCAUUUGUAUUAUUGGUCCUUUGCUUGCACCUGGCCUAACUGUGGGAAUUUUACUCACUUUUUGAUAGCAUUAAUGGGGUGUGAGAAAAGAAGGGAAAAAAGGAUCCCAGACUAGUUUUGGAAACUGGGGCCCGCCUUGUGCUUGGUGAUGGGAAUUGCUUGUGGACAGCUUCCCGCGAGGCCUCCCCCACCCCGUUCCAGUGCUAGUUUAUCUGGCUGGCUGUGUCCUGUGGAGCUCCCUCGACUACUGCCAGGACUGGGGCUUUCCUGACUUCCUCAGUACUCCUUCUCAGCUUCUCUUUGUUUUUUUUCCAAGGCCCGGAAACAAAACUCAUGCUGUGCCAUCAUGUGAUGCAGCCUGCCAGAGGCCCAGCGCUGGAAUGGCACCAUCAUUCACAUCAGAACUGCAGCCCCUGGAAAAGAAGAGACAGCCAUAGACAAGGAGCCAGAGUGGCGGCAGACUGGCCAUUUUUAUUUUGAAGUUCCUGGGAGAAAAGGAUGGUGGAAGGGUGGCGAAUGUUCAAAUUCAUAUGUGUGGUAGUGAUUCUUGGAAAGAAUUUGAGGUCCCCAAAGGUGUAUUUUUGGGCAAAUGAAACCAUAAACUCCAACUGGCUUCUGUAGAUGCCAAAGGGCUCUUUUUCAGCUAACCCUGGGAAGGCUCUGUGGGAGGGAGGUCAGAGCCAGCUGUUUCUCGAUCUUUGGUAUAUCUUUGGAUUUUAUUUGUACAUUAAUGAUAUUAACACUCCAGUGGGGGGGUAGGGAGUCCCUGAUGCUAGGGCUGGGGUGGGUGGAGUUUGAAGACUCUUGGGAAAGCCUCUCCUGGGGCCACUGUUAGGGGUGGGAGUGAACCCACCACAGUGGCCACAGGCAGGCCCCCACUUCAGGCCCAAGGCCUGGGGCUGGGGGAACAGUCACUGGGUCUCAGAUUCUGAGACGGUUGUUUAGCUUACCUUUCUGCUAGGACUGGCUUCCCACAGAGGGCAGGGCCCAUCCUAAGCAGCUUCCAAGUCCCACAAAGGUGGCUUGUGGGAGGGUUUAGAAGGAGCUGCAUUGUGAGCAGGGAGUGUGUGGGUUGAGGUCGUACCAGCAAGUAGACUAGGAACUGAGCCCAGGAAAGGGGGAUGUUCUCCUGGUGUUUGGAUGGUCAGCUGGGAGUGUCUGUCAUCAGGGGAAGAUCAAACACAGGUGCACUCAGCUGCCCAGGGCCUCUGGGACACUUGCCUUGACUUGCAACUUGCCUUGAACAUCACGAUCAAAGCAGCAGGUGCUGUGGUCUCUCAAAACUGGUUUUUAUUUGCCUCUCUGGCUGCAAGACUGCCUUGAACCGCCUGAGGCCUAUGCAUCUGAACAAGUGGGUCUCUCCCAUGGGCACCAGGAGUGGGUGCCAGCCAACCUGAGGACUCCCAGCACCCCACCUGUGGUCUGGCCAGCAUAGACUUGCUAGUUCCUUCUUGGUCAGAGGCAGCUGCAUGGGGGAUGGAGGCCAAGGGGUUGGUCUAAGCUGUGCCCUGCCACCUGGCAGGAGGCCCACUCACAGCCCAAGUCAUGGAAACAGACUGGAGCAGCCCAGGAGAUGGGCCCAGGAUGUUCCAAAUCCCUUGGGUCCUAGUGUUAUGUUCCAGGCUGCCAACCUGUGCUCAGGAUGCAUCCCUGGGAUCCAGCCCCCAGGAAAGCUCCUGCUGGGAUGGUGUCAUCUACGUUUUGAACCAGUGUGGUAUGGUCCUUGGGAGCCCUGCUCUGAGCUUGCCACACUGCUGAGAGCACCCACUGUCCUGACCAGAGUCUCAGUGGUCCUGACCCCCAGUGUGGGCAGGGGCUGGGCAGGAGGGUGGUGUCUGCCAUGGGUUCAGAGGACCCCACCUCCUGGAUGGUUUACCUGCUGCUGCCCAUUUUCUCUGGGUACUGCUGGCCAGAGGACUUUGGCCUACUGCUGAAGAGCCUGUCCAUGCCAUUUUCCUACUGCCAUAGACACCCUAAGCCGAGGGCCCCUUGAGGCCCAGACCCAGCCUGCCCACUGGUGCCAGAGACGGAGUGGAGUGGGCCUGGAUCUGAGGGAUGCUACCUCUCCCUCCCCACUUGAGGACCCUGGGGAGAGAUGGGGGCGGGGAAAAUGGAGGUGUGAAUUUGGGGUAAGAGGAAGCGAGAUCUCUCCGCUUGCAGGUCAGCCCCUGCCAAGCAGGGCGGGCUGGCUUGACUCAGGCCAUGUGAGAUAGAGGGCCCAGCCCGGCCCCGCCCACAGAUCCCCUGCUCCUUUUGUGUUCUGUUGUAAAUCACUUGGCAAGACUGUAUUUUAGGAACUGCUGCCUAACUUCCCUGUGUUCUGUUUGAGAGGCGCCUGUCUGGAUAAAGUUGUCCUGAAAUU